AUGGUGGGCGGGUGGGGGCUGGCUGCUUCCUCUCAAUUGUCAGAGGUGGCUAUAGGCACUAAUAACUAACCACUGGUCUCUAAAUGCUCCAUUGUAAUUGUAGCAGCCUUUUGCUUGGCUAAGGAGAAAAUCUCUCUGUGUUCUGCUUGCAACUCUUUGUACAAAGAUUCUUUCAGGUUGCAGUGAGGGGGGCCAUUCAAAUACCGUGAGCCCAUUGGAGAAAAGGUAGGCUCUGAAUGGAAUAAUACAUUAAAUAUGCAAACUACGUAUUCCAAAGAGCUUGUAAUGAGCAAUGUUGGUUAUCCAAUCACUUUUUCAGAAGAGCUGUGAACUCAAAAGCCAAUGCAGUCUGUCUUGGUGCUUCCAGCAGGAGGGACUUCUCUUAGGUUCAAAAUAUUUUUUAUUAACAGGCCAAUCAAAUCACAUUAAUUCCAAAUCACAUUAAUUCCAAAUUAUACAGCCAAAUUUUUAAAAUUAUUUUUUGGGGUACCCAUACUUCAAGCUCCGAAAGGGGUCCAAACAUCACUCUUGCUGCUGCUUUGAUUAAACAGUUCUAUCCAGUUCUGUCCAGAUAGUCUUUUUGUUAUUUUCUUCAUCUUGUUGUUGUUAUCAUAUAUUCCUUUCUUUGUGAUCUCUGAUAAUCUUCACAACCGGGUGAAAGACAAACAUCUCCUGUGUGGGUUUUACACUCUCCAAAAAUCAUAUCACAUAAAGGACAGACGCCAUUUCCACAUCUCCAUUAAAAACAUUCCCCCAGUCUGUCCGUUGAUUCACAGGCUUGCCAAUCUAUAUCUCAGAGGGCCCUGCCAGGUCAAGAUAACGUUCCGAUAACCAUACAUUCACAUUCCAAUGACCCUGGUCCUCUUCCCCCUCGUCCUCCUAUGGGCAAGCCUGUCUUCACGAAAUUCCAUUUAUAACUGUGUCAUAAAACUUUCCUUCCAUUCCCCGGUGUUUCCACCAGUUCUCUCUUUAAUCAGUAAUUCAUUCCCACACAGUUCUUGGUCUCCUGCUUGUGAUUAAUAAUCGCAACGAUUCUUCUUUCUGGAGGGGAGGGUUAUUGGUACUCACAUAAGGCAAAAAAAGAAAAGUUUUUUCCUCCCCCCCUUUCUGUUUCACUCCAACAUACCAGUCUUUUAAUGAUGAUUCUUCACUUGAUUUAUUUGUCCAACCCGUCGCUCCGCUCACAGAGAUCCCAUUAAUCAGUAGUCUUUACUCCCGAUCUUCACUUGAUGUAUGUGCAUUAGCUUCUUUCCAAUUAUAUAUUUCCAAUUAUAUAUUUUGAGCUAAUGCGAACCAGUGCGCUGAUUAGAGACAGUGUCAGGGAGAGCCGAUCUCACUCAAGGGCUUCGUGCCAAGUGUCCACACCCCCUUCUUUCGAAUCCGGGGGUGAAUUAUGGACACAGCUGGCAAGGCAGUCCCCCCCAUCCCCUUGGGGGGGCAAGGGAGGCUACAUACUCCCAUAGCAGCCUCUUAAUUACCUUGUGUGGGUCGGAGAGAUGUUAUUGUUGGCCAUCUUCCAAUGCGCCCCCUGGUGGCCCCCAGGAGGGACUUCUCUUGUCAGGACACCACUGCAGGGGAGGCCCUUUCCUGUGCCAUCAGCACACAGUAAGGUACACCUUUUGGUGGGACAGCCAGCCUUGUUUUGUUCCAGCUCUUUUUUUACAGACCUCACAGACCUACCUGUGCCAGAAGCAGAUCUGCUCCAUUGACAAGUAAGAGGCGGUGUCAGAAUUCUUGAUACAUCAAGUGAACAUCUGCAGUGUGGGAUUGACUUCGCUGCUUUAGGUAACCGGCUGUUUUUGCUCCUGUGUCUGGAGGGGAGGGCUGCUGAAGACCUUAGUCUCUUUCAGGUGCAUCUCAGUGACUCCAGAAAUAGAAUUUUGCAAGCCUUCAGGAAACUUAAUGGCAAGUGAGCUUCACACUCCACAAUUCAGUAAUCUUUUUCAGUACAAUCCUUUUGGGCUGGCUUCUCCAUUUCCCCUGCUUGAUCUCUUCACAGUUCUGUCCAAGAGCCCACCACACUCAGGGGAAGCCCGCUCUUCCUGCAGAAGUCAGGUCAGUAAGAACAGCUGUGUUCCAAAAACAUUUCUCUGGAAUUGGCGGGAAAGGGCCAGGGACAAACUAAUGAGUCCAGAUUGCUUUUCAUAGACCGGCAGAAGGAGCUUCCAGGCCCAUGAAUUCACACUUCAGAGGGACAAAGAAAAAGGUGAGCAUAAAGGCAGCGUUUGAAGACUGGAACCAGUCUCUCUGUUGUGCAAAUUAAUGGCAGUCAACAUGGCACUCUGUGACUUAAACAUAUCUAGGUGAAUAUCCCUUGCUUGGGAAGGGAUAAAUCCUUGAUUGUGUUCUGUCUGCAACUUCAUAACAUUUAAGGGUUUUCCCCCCUGAGAGAACAUUCUGUAUUCAGAGUGUUCUCUCAGGUUUUGCUUUUCACCUUGUUGCAUUGCCAAAAAAGAAAGCAAAAGGCACUGGUGUUUGGCACUCCUGGUUUCCAGGACGGGGUUCAAGUAACUGCGGUGCCCUUGCUUACUUUCAGUGCAACCUCUCUCUCUCUCUCUCUAUCUAUCUCUCCCCCCGAAGAACUAAAUCAAGCAACUUGCUCCCCUGAUACAUCGUCACUGGAUUACGUGGAUGCUUCCCAUCCUAGCACCCCCAGCCAUAGGGAACAAACCACUUACUACUACUUCUUCUUUUAAAAAAAGACUGUCUCUUAAUUUUCCAUUGUUUGUUUAGGAAGUAACCUAACUAUGCAAACAAAUGAUCCUAUUUAGAUUAUGCAGAAUGUGGAAAAGGCCGGGAUGAAAGAAGAAAUGGCAUCACGUUCACUCAUUAGCAGAAGGUCCUCGCCGUCCGCUAAGUCAGUCCCCGCACACUGAGGUAAACCCGGCGGGGCGUUUUGGCUGGCGGGCUGGAUUUAUGAGCCUGGCGGGCCGGACUUGGCCUGCGGACCGUAGUUUGGGGACCCCUGCAUUAUAAGAACCGUCCAUCCAGAUCUUCAGGAGGGCCAGGAUUGCAUUUUGCAACAUUUUCCACAUUAGUUUGUGGAAAUUUCUUUCUUACUUCGGGGCGGUAUGUUGAUAAAGGGAAUGGCACACCUUCCUCUGCAACGAGAUUUUCAAAUUCCACACUUAUCUGGAACAUGCACAUUUUUGCUAGUUAUCUGAGGAAACAUUGUACAGUAAACUGGAAGAGGAAGUGUGAGUCAUUGGUGCUCCCAUGCUGACGAGGGAAGGCGGGAUCUGGACCAGCAAGAGCAUUGCCUGCGCAGGGGUGGAGGGAGGAAGGGGGAGAAGGCAGGAUUGGCAUCGCCCGUCCACCCUGCACCCAUCCCUGGGUGGUAGAUCACUGCCAGUUUUUAUAUUGGAUCGUAGAUCACACUCUACUUCUGGUUGGACAUGCCUGAUCUAGAGGUGUGAGAGGAAAAUGACUGAUAAGCAAAACAAAAAAUCCUCUUGUUUUUCCUCAGAAUAAGGAAUAAAAUAUUUUUUUCAAAAAAUAAUAAUACUUUUGCUACAGUUUAAUUACACUGAUACAAUGCUCCCAGAUCCACGAUUCAAAAUGACUCCAGCAUGAGCCUAAACAAGGAGUGGUCCUAGGACCAAGCUAGGAACUUGAUGAACAUAUUGCUGCUGCCACAUCCUGGCACAGCCUUUGUACAACACAGGUCAGCAGUUGCUCUUUCCUCUCAUUUGUCUUCUGAAUUAAGUUAAAGAAGCUGAUGUGUGUUGAUUUCCUAUUUUAUAUUGCUAUGGUAAUAGGAUCUCUAUACUUCCCUGGAGUUUCUUUGCUUGAGCUUUGAGCAUGUGACCAAGACAACAGUUUUGACUUCAAAAUUGUAUUAAGUGGAUUGGGAGAAGAGAUCGCAAGUAUAAUUUGGGUAGCAUUCAUGGAUAUUUUCCAGGGUUUGGUCUCUUUCAGCCCAUCAAUCUGAAAAUAAAUACUGCUGCCAUUAGGUUGCAAACUGCAAAAGUGGCCACACACAAUGCUAUUGCUGCCUUUGCGCAUCAAGGCUAUGUGAAGGACAUAAUGUAAGCAUAUGGAUUUCAUAUCACACAAAUUUCCUAGGGCAACUUCAGAAAAUAGCUACUUGUGGAAAGCCUGCAAUAUUUUUUUUAGUAAGUGAGUUAUGUAAAGAUUAGAAAAGGCCAAACCAGAAUACUUUAUAAGGUAAGAAAUGGAUGCAUGCCACAUGAAAAUAUUUAAAUGUCUUCCAGAUGUGAGCACCCACCCACCCUCUUUCUGACUUGCAAUUUGAUGGUUGUAUUAAUAAAAUACCAAGCAUAUUAUGAAAUAUACACUUACAUUUAGUUCAAUAUUUGUUUGUCUGUUCUCUUUGCCCAAGUUCUUCAAGUCAAAGAUCCCCUACUGUGUAAUAAAUCCAGAGAAGAAAGUUGAAUCAGCUACCAAUGAGAUAAAACAUCAAAGUUUCAAAUGCUUUGAACCUUUUGAAUUAUUUUUAUGGGUUUAUAAUGUAAACGUGCAAACCUAGGGUAUAGUUCAUUGGCAAUAUGUUUUGUGUGAACCACCUCAGAAGUGAAUAAGGUGAGAACAGGUACCUCCUUGUUCACUGACACGGUUGCUGCCCAAGAGUCCUUCUUGCCCUGCCUUCUCACAAACUCGGUGCAUAAGCUAAGCACAGUGGGCUGGAUCUGGACAGGAAGCUAGGAACAUUUAUGCUGCAGUCCUAACUGUGUCUACUUAGAAGCAGGUUCUAUUGAAGUAAGUGGAGGCUUCUUCCCAUGUAGAUGGGUUUAGGCCAGUUCCUACUGAAAUAAGUGGGACCUAAGUCAUGGGAUGCGGGUGGCGCUGUGGUCUAAACUACAGAGCCUAGGGCUUGCUGAUCAGAAGGUAGGAGGUUCAAAUCCCCACGAUGGGGUGAGCUCCUGUUGCUCAAUCCCAGCUCCUGCCAACCUAGCAGUUCCAAAGCACGUCAAACUGCAAGUAGAUAAAUAGGUACCACUCCGGUGGGAAGGUAAACUGCGUUUCCGUGCGCUGCUCUGGUUCACCACAACCCCAGAGUUGGCCACGACUGGACCUAAUGGUCAGGGGUCCCUGACCAUUAGGCCCAGUCACAGAUGACUCUGGGGAUGUGGCACUCAUCUCUCUUUAUUGGCCGAGGGAGCUGGCGUACAGCUUCCAGGUCAUGUGGCCAGCAUGACUAAGCCACUUCCAGUGAACCUUACCUUUACCUUCAAGUCAAGGCUGCAAUCCUAACUCAUCUUACCGGGAGUGAGCCCCACUGAAUUUAAAAGCAUUUACUUCUAGGUAGGCAUGAUUUGGAUUGCACUGUUAGUCUGGAUCCAUCCUGUUCUCUACCCUCCCUCACAAAUGCCACAACAGCACUGAUCUAUGCCUGCUUUGGCCGAGUAGCCAGCAUUUCAGCAACAAGCAGCUGAAGAACAAUCAUGGACCUCAGCUAGGUCUGGGUGAUGAUGUGGUGCAGUUAAUGGGUUAUGGGUUACUGUUGUUCUCUUAAUCUUAAGGAUUAAUAUCUGCAUAACAGUUGGGUUUCUUUUCCCUCUGUGGUCUGGGUAUCCUGGUCGAGGCCCCUGUAUUAAAUACCUAAAAUAGAAAACAAAUAAAACAUUUGAUUCACCUAGCUAAAAACAAAGCUAGCAAAUGAAACGUUUCCUUUUCCUUCUAGAAAAAAAAGCUACGCAUUUGCUCUUUUGCUGCUUUGGAAAGAAUUAGUAAAUAA